UAUCGUCAACAUCCGGCGACACGUCCUCCCCACACACCGCCGAGGAUCUGUUUGAUACAUUGGACUCAUUUACUCAUUUACCCUUUUUUAUUUAUUAGUUAGUAAACCGUCAUGUUGUUUAUUUGACGCCGAGGCUCGGGUCAUUUCAGUUGAACGUGUAGGUUCUCGCCUGUGGAGAAGCUCAGAUGGGGGAAGUGAGGAAACUGCAGAAGAAGUUGAGACAGAUUGAGAAUCUGGAAAUAAAGAUCAGUCUCAGCCCAGAGGAGAGAAUAAAGAUCUCCAGGAAGGCGGAGCUGCGUUCCAGAUUGGCUGAGCUUCAGCUGCAGCUUUCUGGCCCGCAGCAAACUCGGGGGACUGUGGGAGACGGAAAAAAGGAGAAGAUGAAAAGACAAGUGGAGGAGGCUCCUGGGGCCCUUCCAUCACAAACGCCUCCAGCCUCCAAGAUGCCGAAGGGAGAAGAGCGGCCCAGAGCUCAGACAACGCCAUCACCUGCUGCCAGGCCAGCAGCGGAGACGGGCAGAGGACGGGAGAAGCCGCCGCCGGCCGAGGUGUCGGGAGUCUGUCCGGACUUUGACGAGGAGCAGCACCGGCGGCAGGAAGAAGCGGAAUUCGCAUCCCUCAAAGCCUCCUGGGAGAAGUCAAGGUUCCGCCUGAGGCUGCUGGAGGGUCACAACGACAUCGUCACCUGCGUGGCUGUGGUUGACAACCUGGUGGUUUCUGGGAGCCGAGACACCACGGUGAAGGUGUGGCACGUUCCCACGGCAACAGAGCAGAAGAACCUGGGGGGCCACACGGGUGGGGUUACCUGUCUGUCGGCACCUCCCCCUGAGUACUGCAAGAGGCUAGCCAGGUCUCUGGAUUUGUCCGACAAGGAGAGGUUUAUACUGAGUGGCUCGGCAGACUGCUACGUGAAGAUCUGGGCCCUGAACAUCGGGCAGUGUGUUAAGUCUAUCUACACAUUCAACGCUGUGACGGCGCUCUGCUUCGUGCCAGAGGGAGACGGCUACAUCGUCACCGGAUCAGACGGGGGGAAAGUUCAAGCCUGGAGCUGGCACACUUUUGACAACUGCCAGUCAAUCAACGCUCACCGGGAAGCAGUCACCUCCAUCCAGUCUCAGGGUCCGCUGGCGUUCAGCGGCUCGGCGGAGGGGGGGGUGUCUGUGUGGGAGAACCGGUGCUCGGAUCGAGACCCCCUGAGGCUGCUGCACCACUGGAGCGGCCAGGUGACGGGCUGUGGGGGGGGGCCGGGUGGGCGUCUGACCCUCAGCCCGCGGGGGGACAGAGUGUUCCUGGCCUAUGGUCAAGCCUGGCUCAAGAUCCUGCACUGGAGGACUGGAACAACAUCCAGACUGACCAAUCACAGCAGCAUCGCCGGGGUAACAGAUUGUGUCCACCAGCCAGGGGGCCUCCUAAUUGGCUCCUGCUACGAUCUGGCAAAUGGAGAGAGCAGUCUCAAUUUGUUCUCUCUGCCUCAGUGUCGCUACCUGGCCUCUCUGACCUGGCCCGACGCUCCCAGAAUCCUCUGCUUCGCGGCGUGGGCCACGGGGAGCGGAGACCACCGGUGGGUCACGGGAGGUCGCGGCCUCAUCGUUUGGGAGCAGCUCCCCAGCUCCGGGAAACAAAGGGGUGACGUCACGGUGAAGAGCGACAGUCGUUUGGACUCGUGCACGCUGGAAUCAGAAGAAGAAACAGAAGAUGAUGAGGAGACUGAUGAUUACGAAGAUGACGAUGAUGUUGAUGUCAACAAUGGAGGGGCAGAUGGACGGUGUGAAGGUGCGGAGGCUGGAGGGCUCGGUGCGUGGCUGCGCUGCGUCCUCCAGUGAGUCCUGGUUUCUCACACUGAGGACACCACGGCCUGCAGCCACAGA